GGGGGAGUUGUGCAGACGUGUUCUGGGGAGGCCGGAGCUGGAGCCGGCGGGUCCGGCGUCAUGGAGCCGCUGUACCAACAGACGCACAAGCAGGUCCAUGAGAUCCAGUCUCACAUGGGACGCCUGGAGACAGCCGACAAGCAAUCUCUGCACUUAAUAGAAAAUGAAAUCCAAGCAAAAAUAGACCAGCUCUUCAGCAGUCUAGACCGUCUGGAGAUUUUGUCCAGCAAAGAACCCCCUAACAAAAGACAGAGCGCGAAGCUGCGUGUUGACCAGUUAAAGUAUGAUGUCCAGCACUUACAGACUGCUCUCAAAAACUUCCAGCACCGACGCUACGUAAGGGAGGAGCAGGAGAGGCAGCGAGAGGAGCUUCUGUCUCGUACCUUCACCACUAACGACUCUGACACCACCAUCCCAAUGGACGACUCUCUCCAGUUUAACUCCUCCCUCCAUAAAGUUCACCAUGGCAUGGAUGACCUCAUUGGAGGCGGCCACAACAUUCUGGAGGGACUGAGGGCCCAGAGACUGACCUUGAAGGGCACUCAGAAGAAGAUCCUGGACAUUGCCAACAUGCUGGGCUUGUCCAACACGGUGAUGCGGCUCAUCGAGAAGCGGGCAUUCCAGGACAAGUACUUCAUGAUCGGCGGCAUGCUGUUCACCUGCGUGGUCAUGUUCCUCGUGGUGCAUUACCUGACGUGA